GUUUAAAUCACUUUCGUUGACCUCAACGGGUGGGCGUUUCCAGCCUCUCAAACCGUUUCAAUCACACAGUCCACAUAAUUUCACUUGAUUCCUUGUACUGCAGCAGAACAAACACAAUGGCCUCCAGAGUUGCCGAACCCCGGAAUCUCCGCGACCAAUCAGUAGUUGCACAUGGCUUUUGGCUCACAUUCCCUAGCGCUCCUCUCGCUAAAACCAUUCUCCAUCGUCCUACAACAGAAAAGUCCAGGUUUAGCUGGGUUCUUAUUGAUGCAGAGCAUGGAUUGAUCACGGAUAGAGAUUAUUACGAGCUCACCAAUGCUGUCGCUUCGGAAGGAGCCGUCCCCAUCAUCAGAGUCCCAUGGGGCGAGGAAUGGAUGAUCAAAAGAGCCCUUGAUGCCGGUGCUCAUGGAAUUCUCACGCCAAUGUGUCACACUGCAGCUGACGCAGCCAACAUUGUCAAAUUCUCCAAGUACCCACCGCUUGGAACCCGUGGGUUCGGACCGCUGUUUGCCACUCACUCAUUCUCGAGCGUACUUCCUGGAGAUGAUUACGAAGCGGUUUCGCAAAAAGGAAUCAUAGUUAUGGUGCAGAUCGAGUCGAAGUCCGGGGUUGAGAACGUAGAGGAUAUUGCCCGAGUUGACGGACUAGACGGCAUUCUAAUCGGACCUUUCGAUCUCGCCAAGCAAAUGAAUGUUACCAGAGGCGGCGAAGAGCAUGAGGCGGCCAUCAAACGCAUCUUGACUGCUACCAAAGCUGCCGGAAAAAGGGCUGCGAUCUUUUGUACUGGUGGUGCAGACGCUCGAGCUCGGAUAGAACAGGGUUUUGAUAUGGUAUCUGUCGUGACCGAUGUUGGACUUUUGGGCGACGCGAUGCAGCAUGAGCUGGAGGUCGCUAGCGGCGAGAGAGAGAUCGAUGGCUCGAAAGCUACUGAGGCAGGAUACUAAGCGAUCAUCCCAAAACUCAUGAUAG